AAGGAAAUGAUGAGAUGCAUUCAAGAUAAGGAUAGAAACGAAGGGUACUUGGGAAGGUUGGCACGUUACUUGGAGGCGGAACGAAGGCAAGGUGGUUGACGCCGGGGAAAGAAAUGUAAAAUAAUAAAGGCCAAAGCCCUAUUUGCACCCUCCAUUUAUUUACUUUUCACGAUCAACCACCUUCCGGAAUUUUUUCUCCCUAUUCACACCUUUCACUUUUCAAAACCCGUAAAAAACCUCACAUUUUAACGCACCGUCACGGUACCGUUACAAAAUGUACUACGUUCCCGAACCCAAAGGAAGGAACCCGAUCUGGGUUCCUCGUCGCAAGGAACCCAGAGUCGGGUUCCUCAUGGGUUCCUCCCAAGGAACCCAGAUCGGGUUCCUCCAGAGGAACCCAGCUCGAACCAGCUGGGUUCCUUGUGAGGAACCCAAUCUAGGUUCCUCACGACGAGGAACCCAGAGUCGGUUCCUCCCAAGGAACCCAGCUCGAGUUCCUCAUGAGUUCCUCCAGAGGAACCCAACUUGAACCCAAUCUAGGUUCCUCACGACGAGGAACCCAGAGUCGGUUCCUCCCAAGGAACCCAGCUCUGGGUUCGGCGAGGAACCCAGAGCUCUUGUUCAAAAAAAUUUUUUUUUUUUG